AAUGAAAGAACAUUGUAUAACAGUGUAUUCGUAAGUGAUUACGUUGGGCGUCAGACUUGUUGGAAAUUGAUUGAUCGAGUUUAUCGAAAACAUUGUUUCUGUUUGUUGUGUUUUUCUGUGGCUCUGCCCGACUAGACUAAUUGUUCAGCCCUGUGGUAUAGACUGACAGUCCAGUAAUCGGAAGCUACUCGUUCGUUUUUUGGGAAACUGGCAAAGUGGGAAAUUGUUGCCGCUGCACUUAAGGUUUACAUUGAAACCCCUGGUUGUGGAGCGCUUAACGGAAUAUUGUUAGAGCGCAGGGCACGGAGUGCGUUCGCGUUCCUGGGAUGUGCUCAACACACCUAGCGGAUCGGCUUCCUUUGGAAGUUCGAGCCCAGUUGGCUCACUGUCUUCUGAGGAUCAUGAUUUUGACCCCACACCUGAAAUGUUAGUGCAUGAAUACGAUGAUGAGCGAACGCUUGAAGAGGAAGAACAACUGGAGGGAGAGAAGAAUUUCAGUGCAGAAAUUGCAGAUCUGGAAAAGGAAGGUAACAUGCCUUUAGAAGAGUUACUAGCCAUUUAUCGUUAUGAAGCCUCAAUGAACCCAGUUGCUGGUUCGAGUGUUGGUAGCUCUCCUGAAGAACUUGCUGAUGAGUUACCUGAUAUGACGCUAGAUAAGGAAGAAAUUGCUAAGGACCUCUUAUCUGGUGAUGAUGAAGAAACUCAGUCGUCAGCUGACGAUCUGACACCCUCAGUCACAUCGCAUGAAACUACAGAUUUUUUCCCUCGAACUCUGAGGUCAAACACUAUAUAUGAUGGGGAUAAAGAAUCUGAGGGAGAGGAGGAUGGAGUCAAUCCUUCUGAAGAUUCAAGAAAGGAAAUAAUGGUAGGGUCACUGUACCAAGCUGAAAUUCCAUUUCGCAUGUCCAACUAUGCUGCCGAAUACAAGGGUUAUGAAGGUGAAGACCAGCUACUUUGGAGCCCUGAUGUUUUGCCGGAAACUGAGGUUAAAGCAUUUUUGCUUGAAUCCUCAUUAAGAAUAGGUGAUGGGAAGACAGGGUGCUUGCCGGGUGGAGUGCAUGUACGAGACAAUGAGCAAGCUUUAUAUGAGUUAAUGAAGAGUAACUACAAUGUUCAUGAAGCACUUGAAAGGUACCAUAGCAAUGGUAGAUCAAUGAAAGAUGAAAUGGUCCCUUGGACAGAAGAAGAAUGCAGAAACUUUGAACAUGCACUUCAGAUAUAUGAUAAAAAUUUUCACCUCAUCCAAAAACAUAAGGUCAAGACAAGGACUGUUGCAGAAUGUGUGGCAUUUUAUUAUGUGUGGAAAAAAUCAGAGCGAUUUGACUACUUUGUCCAACAAAAUAGAUUUGGAAAGAAAAAGUACAGCAGCUACCCUGGUGUGACGGAUCUUAUGGAUCGCCUUGUUGAUGAAGCUGAGGGUUUAGGGGUAGAUGGUUCAUCUUCUGUGUGCUCAAGUAGUGGAAGAAUAGAGCCUAUUCCUGAGCAACAACUCAGCAUUCUAAAUUCAAUAACUGCGAGUGAUCUAACAGCUCUCACCAACAGUGUAGCAACUGUUUGCAAUUCAGCAGAUCUGGAUACCUACAAUUUUCCAGCGCUGGACAGCUUGCACAGAGGACAACUGAAUCACGUGCCUAUUGUAAAUGAGGAGCCUCUUAAUUAUACUACCAAUGGAGAUGCAGACUGCUUGAAUUUACUUGAUGCUGGAUUCUACCAUUCAGAUUUGAACCAAAUUAACAUGUGCAGUGAAGACUGUGAAAGGCCUGCAAAGAGAUUAAAAAUUGGCAUUUCUGAACCAUUCAUAAAUGACGUCUCUGUAAAUAACAUUGGUGUGGAUUUUGAAAACCAUACACAUCAUAUAACAAGUGCCAAGAUGGCAGUAUCAGUGGCAGACUUUGCAAGCUUGUCGUCAAAUGAUUCAAAUGGAUUCAUGAACUCUCAUACACUACAUCAACAUGCAGCUCUUCAGUCUGAGUGACUAGCAAUGGCACAUUACCAUUAAACUUGAUGGAAAACUAUCAAGUGUGUAUAUAUAUAUAUAUACUCAUUCACUGGAAGUUUGAACCUUUUUUACUAUGACAUCAGUGAUGUCUUUUAUCAUAAAGAACUAAAUCUUGAUUUCUCAAGAAUUAAUAUAGCCAUUUAUUUUUCAGUCUUAAAUGUGGAAGUGUCAUACAUUGAUCAUAUACUGAAGUAUGAAUUUAAACUGAAUAUUGUGGUGUGAGCUCUGCUGUUUUUUUUUUUUUUUGUUUUUUUUUUUUUUUUUUUUGUUGGGGGGUGGUUGUUUGAGCCUUGCAAUGACAUAUGGCCACAUUGCUAAACCAAUGACAAGGUUUUGAACCAUUUACCAUAGCUGCCAUAACAGCUUGUUCAUUUUAUAUGGGUACUUUGGAAUAUCAGUGUUUACAGGUACCACAACCAGACCCUGGCUAAUGUAGCAUUUUCUAUAAAUGGGGGUCCGGUCUUUCCUAUUUGAACACAUGCACAUCAGUGCUAAGACUUUCCUUUAAAGGCGCCUUCUGUACAUUAAAAGGAGCACUUCAGUUUACGGAGGAGUCGUUUGAUUGUGGUAGCAGGCGUCUGGACUGCAGCUGAAAAGUGGAAAAAUCAUCUGUCCUUGCAGCUAGGUGUUGUGGCUGCUCUACACCAAAAGUGGAACUUUGCUGCUGUUUUGUUUUCAUUUUGUUUUUAUUUUUUUAUUUUUAUUUUUUUUUUUAACACCUUGGAUAAUUGGCCAGAAAUUGAAUAGUGUCACUGUAUUCUUUUUGUUAAAAAAAAAAA